AUGAGGAUGCUUGCUUAUGGGCUUCCCGCCGACCUAUGUGAUGAGUUCCUCGACAUAGCAGAAUCUACAGCUUUGGAAAUUCUAAGUCACUUUACUAGAGCAAUCUGGAAAGUAUACCACAAACAUUACCUCCGUCGACCAUCAAAGGCAGAUUUGCGAUGGUUGCUCAAUGUUGCUGACAAAAGAGGGUUCCCUGGAAUGGUUGGAAGUCUCGACUGUAUGCACUGGCAGUGGAAAAACUGCCCAACCUCAUGGCAAGGGCAUUUCACCGGUUACAAAGGGAAGCCGACAAUCAUCCUGGAGGCAGUUGCAUCAUACGAUGCUUGGAUAUGGCACGCCUAUUUUGGACUUCCAGGCUCCCUCAAUGAUAUUAAUGUCCUUGGACAGUCUCCGCUAUUCGACGAAGUCUGUAGAGGUGAGUUGCCUCGAGUCAAAUAUCAUGUUGGAGAUCGCCAAUAUGGUCAAUGCUACUACCUAGUUGAUGGGAUCUACCCAAAAUGGGGGACUUUUGUGAAAGCAAUUAGAAACCCGAUCACGCCACAACAAGCUCAUUUUACCAAGAUGCAGGAGUCAUUCCGAAAAGAUGUAGAGAGAGCAUUUGGAAUACUCCAAGCUCGUUUUGCAAUUGUGAGAGGACCAGCUCGUGGAUGGGACAGGAAAGAUAUCCAGUACAUCAUGAUGACUUGCAUUAUUUUGCAUAAUAUGAUUGUUGAAGAUGAGCGCGAUGAAACUGAAGAUAAUCAUGAAGUUGAUCCCGAUGAGGUCCCAACAAGACCAAGGAGAGCAGAAAUAUAUGAUCACUAUGAAGUAGAUCAUUUGGUUGAGCGUGAUCUCCUGCACUUGGGGAAUUCAUGCGCCGAUACCAGCAUGUGA